AUGGCUGGCGAUAAUUCUGCGGUCUUGUCACGGAUGGACACUACAGAUCAAAUCUUACAAUGGUACUCCAAACUCUUCAGUCGCCGUGUUGAUCUUGUGGGCGACUUCGCGGGCAGCGAACGAUUCUUGAUUCAUGGUGAGUCACUUCUGCUCCAUUGCUUUAGCGAUGCACAGAUCGACUUCGAACCUGGACUGCAGCUGCUACACGCCUCAUAUGCCGUGGAAAAAUUCCUGCAUGGUCUUGUUUCCCGUCGUUGCAACUUUCACAUUGCUUUCUUCGACGAAUAUCAAGAUCUUUGCGUUCCUCAAGAUGCUUCGCCUGCCGUUAGCGAAAAGUAUCUUCUAGCACGAGCGGCCAUCAUCCGUCAUCUGCAAGUCAACCUGCGCCCAGUUCACCCAGACAUCGAGGUCAAGGUCUUCCCAUCAUCAACGUCUGAAGCCUUCGAAGACUACCUCAGUAUAACAGACGUUUACUUCAUCCUGUGCCACGAUGGAGCAUCCACGAAAGACGUUCGUAAGAGAGCAAUCCUGCACAAAGAUAUCGACUCUCUCAAGAGCGAGGACAAGAGUCUUGGGGAGCGUCAAGAGCAAUACAAGGCAUCACUCCGCACACUGAUCUACACUAUGAUGCAGCGAGGUUACAGUGCUGCACUUGUUAACGGCCUGGAGUUCAAUGACACCAAGGCCAUAGCGUCUGUUCUCGAGCACUCGCGUGCUAUGACCUUAGCGAUCUCACAAACGACCCCAACACCAGAUUCAAAUGCUGAAACAGACACUGCAACUUUACAGCAGUCAUUGGCAACUGUUAAGUCAAUCCAUGAGCAUUCUUUCACGGAGCGGGAGUACCUGGCGGUACUUAUCGCUUCGAAGUUUGCAUCGAAGUCAAAGAACCACCAAAACUUUGCUGUUGCUCUGCUUCGCCAUACUGCACUACUCUCGGAGCUGAGUUUGCCGGACCGAUUGAUGCAGUACCAAGAGCCAUCGCAAGAAUCCCGCACCUUGAUUCUCGAGUUUUGUCAAGAAGCUCGCAGAGUUCUCGCGCAAGCCGCGUGGAGCCAAGAAAUCAGUGAGCUAGCCACGACUUGCGAUGUUGCAGAUCUCAUCGACGGACGCUUGUUCGCAUCCUGCCUCCAAGACCCCUCGGCCCCAAGCUCGGAGCUCUUCCAAUCUUUGGCAAGAGCUGCAUCCACUCUGUGUGGUCAGGAGGAGCUCGCAAGGGCAGACGGUGCUGCAACCGCGACUGAAAAGUCUAACGGCAACGCCGAGAAGUCAGACGACGGGGCUUCCUACCGCCUCCUCCCGUUUUCUAACGAGGUGUUUGACAAGCACCUUUCUCCAGUCCAUCUCAAAGUAGCCAAAUCUGACGGUAAGGUCGAUUCGACAUCGGCAACGAUCUUUCGCGAAGUCUCGCAUUGGCACAAUACCAAACCUCUGCAGAGUAAAAGUGGUCCCGUUGUGAAAGACGAGAAAGCAGCAAAGAAAGCACUCCGCCGCAACCAGUUCUUCAUGGCUGAAAUGACAACCUAUGCUGCUAGUCUCACGAAUGCAGUCGGAAAGGCGCUUGAGCCGGAGACAAUUAUGGUCGGCGCCUCAAAAGCCAACACACCAGUUCCGUCGAGACCGGGAACGCCUGGCCAAGAUUCGGAUAGCAAGAAGCCAAAGAAGCAAGGUGGGAAGCCAGGUGGCAAGAACAAGAACCAGGCCAAGCAGAACAUGCUCGCCGAUAUUGCAGCGAGCUCGAAGCGUAAAGAGGAGGACACGGCAGAGAAACAAAUCAAAGCCUGGAUUGUUGUCUGCGAUGGUCUCGAGAAGGAAGUCGACCUGACAACGCGAUACGAGAAGGCAAAGAAGUACCUUGUCAAUCUCAACACAGACAUCAAGCGAAAGGCUCUAGAGGCGGAAGUUCGUCUCUACAUGUUGAACGUUCUGUUGAAGAUGUGGAUGGAACACUGUCGUAAAAACGACAAAGAAGAGGGUCUGUACACCGCCGCGCUGAUCUUCGAUGCAGUCAGAGCUAUCUGUGGUCUUUCCACCGUAACGAAGACAGUAGCCGCAUGUCUUACGAAGACCAUCGACCGUCUAAAGCUUCCUUCUUUGCAAAUUCCACCAACAGAGGGCGACCGAAAGCUGCCGUUUCAACUCACCCUGGAUGAUACGUCGAGUGCGGACAUCGCUCUGAGCCUAUCACCAGAAGAGUUCCAGCUGCUUUAUUGUGGACCGUACUUCGACCGAACCAUGGACUCGGCUCCGGACUCUCGAGUGUCUUUCGAGCCAGAUGCGUGGCAACGGAAGGUUUUGGACGAGAUCGAUGCCCGCCGCAGUCUGCUCGUCGUAGCUCCGACUUCAGCGGGUAAAACAUUCAUCUCGUUCUACGCCAUGCAGAAGGUCCUAGAGUCAAGUAACGACGACGUCUUGGUGUACGUGGCUCCCACAAAGGCACUUGUCAACCAGAUCGCAGCCGAAGUACAAGCUCGCUUCUCAAAGAACUACAAGUACGCCAACUCGGUUUGGGGUAUUCACACACGUGACACUCGUGUCAACAACCCUACCGGUUGUCAGAUCCUGGUAACAGUACCUCACAUUCUCCAGAUUAUGUUGCUCGCGCCCACCAACGCCAGAAGUUGGUCCGAGCGAGUCAAGUGGAUCAUCUUCGAUGAAGUGCACUGCAUCGGCCAAGCUGAAGACGGGUUGAUCUGGGAACAGCUCCUGCUUAUGGCACCCUGCCCCAUCAUCGCUCUUUCCGCCACCGUCGGAAACGCUGAGGCUUUCAGCGACUGGCUCUCUUCUACACAAAAAGCUGCUGGUAACGAGUUGACCAUGGUUCAGCACAAGCACCGUUACUCCGAUCUGCGAAAGUUUCUGUACAUACCACCAAAGGAUUCAGCAAAGCGUCUCGCGGCAUCCCUUCCGCUGUCAGCAAACCGUACAUUUGCUCGUCUAGGCCUGGACGAUGUACCCAACUUCACCUUCAUGCAUCCUGUCGCCAGUCUUACCAACCGAAGGCGUGGUAUGCCAAGUGACUUCUCGUUAGAAGCACGAGACUGUUACUUCCUCUGGCAAAGCAUGUCCAAGCACCAGACCAAGGAAUAUCCAGUCGACAAGUCUCUUACCCCUUCAAGUGUGCUUCCUAAGGUUAUGCGCAAGGCUGACAUCAUUGAAUGGGAAUCGGGACUCAAGACUCUGCUCGCUCAGUGGAUGGCAGAUGAAAACUCUCCAUUCGAAGCUGUACGAAAGGACUUCAGCUCCUCCGUCACAAAAUUGGCUCUUCAGAUCAAGGACAGUGAUAACGCAGAGCCAAUUCAAGAUGACAUGGAAGUCGAUGACCCAGCGAGCAACCACGAUGUUGACAAUAUCCUGCCUCUGUUGACAGAGCUGCAUCAGCAAGAUGCUCUUCCAGGUAUCAUCUUCAACUACGAUCGAGCCGUCUGCGAGAGGAUGUGCCGUACCGUCUUAACCCAGCUGGAAGAGGCCGAGACCGAGUGGAAGAAGACCAGCCCGAAGUGGGCAGAAAAGUUGCGUGAGUGGGAAGAGUACAAGAAGGAGGUUGCCCGCCGUGCCAAGCAAGGUGUUCGCGCCGCGAAGGGUACUACGAAGGAAGAGCAGAUGAUGGAGGCUGCCAAUCGCGAGGUCAGCCCCUUUGCGACCUUCGAUCCAGAUAGGCCAUUGGAGGGUUUCCACUUUGCGAACAGCAAGAGACUGUCCAGUGAGGAACUCCGUAACCACGAGAAGGAGCUCCGAUACCGCGGCGUUGACGAGAUAUUUAUCCAAGGCCUGCAGCGUGGUAUUGGUGUUCAUCACGCUGGUAUGAACCGUAAGUACCGCUACGCCGUCGAAGUGCUGUUCAGGAGAGGCUACCUGAGGGUUGUCAUCGCGACGGGUACCCUUGCCCUUGGUAUCAACAUGCCCUGUAAGACUGUUGUCUUCUCUGGCGACUCCAUUUUCCUGACGGCUCUCAACUACCGCCAAGCCGCUGGUCGUGCGGGUCGCCGUGGAUUCGACUCGCUUGGUAACGUUGUCUUCCAUGGCAUCUCACUCAGCAAGAUCAACAAGCUCAUCAGCUCUCGUCUACCUGAUCUCAACGGACACUUCCCAAUCACCACAACUCUGGUGCUACGCUUGUUCACACUCUUGCACGACUCUGAGAACUCGCCGUUCGCCGUCCGGUGUAUCAACGCGUUGUUGUCUCAGCCUCGUGUGUACCUUGGUGGCGAGGAGUCGAAGAUGACUGUUCUGCACCAUCUACGCUUCUCUAUCGAGUAUUUGCGCAGGCAAUCGCUGUUGGACUCUCGAGGAACGCCACUCAAUUUUGCAGGUGCUGUUAGUCAUCUGUACUUUACCGAAAAUUCUUCUUUCGCCUUCCACGCACUGCUGAAGAAUGGAUACUUCCACGAGUUGUGCGCGAAGGUGAACACAAACCAGGACUCGGUCUUGCGCGAGCUCAUGCUCACUAUGUCCCACCUCUUUGGCCGCCUUCACUGCAGACAAGCCGAUGAGGAGUUUGUGCAGGAAGUAGUCAAGGGCAGUCCGUCAGUUGUGUUCCUACCCAACAUGCCCGAAAACGCAGUCAGUGUCCUGCGCAAGCACAACAAACAAACAUUGGACAUAUUCACAUCCUACGUCCGCACCUUUGUUGAGCAGCACCUCCAGGAGGCUGACAACACUCUCCCCUUGACCACGACUAAGGUUGGUGGCAAGUCAAAUUCAUUCCCCUCGCCCAUCAAGGUGCGGUCUUCCUUCGUCGCGCUCUCAGGCCACAACGAUGAGUUCGAGUCUAUUCACGAUCUCUGCACCACAAGCAGGUCCGGAAUCUUCCUUGAAGAAGCUGUGGUACCGUAUGUCGGCAUCUACCCAGAAGACUCUGACUUGCCCCUCAAUGCCUACCUGUACGACUUCUUCAUGCAUGGCAACGCCACCGCUGUUGUCACAGCAAAUAGGAUCCGCCGCGGAGACAUUUGGUUCGUACUCAACGACUUCAGUAUGGUGCUUGCAACCAUCGUCACCAGCUUGACCAACUUCAUGAACCUCGGCACUGAAUCUGACCUUGACUUCAUCGACGUGCGCGGUGGAGGAGAUGACGAGGAGGAGGAGCAGGAGGACAAGCUCCUGCCCACUGGACCUGGUGGGGAUGAAGCUACAGGACCUCAAUCUGGUGCGCAAGGCGUCAGGGGCCCUGCGCAGCAGCAGAACCUUCCCAUCCAGCUUGCGAAGAAAAAGAAGAAGGUCGUUGAGUCCUGGGACGAAGAGGCAGAGAGCUCGAGUAGUGACGGCGAGAACUGGGACGAUGGGGAGGACAGCGACGAGGAGAAGGGCGAGGUUGCUUGGGAUGAGCAGACUGGAUUGUUGAACGUGCUCAAGGCGUUCAAGCUCUUAAAAGCGGACUUUGACACGAAGUUCAGGGCUAUGUGGGCUUAG